UAGUGAGAGUUAGGAGCAAUCUAAGCGACCUAGGGGUCCCACUAUGAUGCACUCAAAGUUGGGUAAAGAAGAUGGAAAUUUACAUAUUGAAUUGAAUGGAUUUGACCAAGUUAUUGGGCCAGAAGCAACUAGAUUGAGUUCAAAACUUGGUGUGCUAGCACGAAAUGGCCGUUUAGCGCCAUUGAAUCAUAAAGAUUGGAGACCUGUGCCUGAUAUGUACAAGGAUAUAAUAUGGGCUCAUACUGAGGAAAAUACUGAUGCAACUGAUGAUAUGAGACGUUAUUUGAUGAUGUCAUUUGGGUCUAAAUUGGAAGAAUGGAAGCAUGACGCAAAACGCAAAGGCUAUGACCCGUACAAUACUGAUCUUGAGCGCUUAGCUCAUCGUCCAGACAGGGUUGUGGAAGAUCGGUCGCGUUCAUUAGUUCAUUAUUGGAGCUCAAAUGAUGCAAAGGAAAAGAGUGAGAGAAACAAAGAAGGCCGAAAAAAGUCAACUAUGCCACACACAUCGGAAAGAAAAAGUCAUUCUCAAAUUAUAGAUGAAGUAUGACAUAAUCACUGUCUAUUUUAUGCAAUUUAUAUAUUAAGACUGGUCUCCUUGAAUGUUUUAUGGCGAUAUCUUACUAUUCAAAUAGAUGA